GACCAGAACGAGGCUAUAGAAUUGAGCGCUGUCGAAGCAGGAGGUGAAGCAAGCGGUGUCGAAAAUGACCAUGAAGAAAACGAAGUAGAGGCUAAAGACGAAGACCAGGAAGGUGGAAUUGUUGCGACGUAUGCCUCUAACCCGUUCAACAAGAAGAAAGACGAUGACGAUAACGCAACUGUCCUCGUGGCUGAAGAUGCUCCUGUGGAGACUCUUGCUGGUGAUGGCGGCGAAGCUGAGGAUACAGAAACCGCCAAAGGGGGAGGUGAAGAUGCUGCUGUCGCGAAAGAAGAAGGUGUCGAAAAACCAGUUGAACGACC